UGCAAGAGAAGAAGCAAUCUUAUGAUUCUGAAAUCUCUGAAACCUCAAAAGGAUUUAUGUGCGUAGGUGUGCGUUAUAGCUUGACCUAGUAGUAUCUUUUCUUUGAUUCUUUCUGUUAUCUUCUUUGUAUCGAUCUCUGUUCAUCCAAAAGCCCUGGAAUCCGAAAAAUCUGGACACUGAAAGCUUGUGAUUAAUUUAAGUAUAGUUUGGAAUAGAAAAGGAGAGCGAAAAAGAAGGGGGUGAUUUGAGGGAAGAAAAAUGGGAGCGGCGAAGAUCUGGGAUGCCACAGAAGUUGCAGAGGAAGCUCAAGAAAAUGGCAUUUCAGAUAUUCCAUCUUCAUCUCUUGCUGUAGACAUCAGCCUACCUCUUCCUCGAAUGAAACCACAAAUCAUAGGGUUAUGCAAGGAUCUAUUCAAGAAUUGGUCGCAAUUGGAUGAAUCUUGUUUCUUGGUUGAGACAGUUUCUGGUGGCAUCACAAAUCUCCUUCUAAAGGUAUCUGUGAGAGAAGACAAUGGACCUGAAGUUUCCCUUACUGUUCGACUGUAUGGACCAAACACUGAAUAUGUGAUCGAUCGACCACGGGAAUUACAGGCCAUUAAAUUCCUCUCAGCCGCGGGAUUUGGAGCCAGGUUACUUGGAGUAUUUGGAAACGGCAUGGUGCAAUCUUUCAUUGAUGCGCUUACCCUUUCUCCUUCAGACAUGAGAAAGCCAAAGCUGGCUUCUGAAAUUGCAAGGCAACUUCGAAAAUUCCAUCAAGUGCAGAUUCCUGGUUCUCAAGAACCCCAACUGUGGAAUGACAUCUUCAAGUUCCUAGAGAAAGCCUCUGUUCUUAAAUUCGAGGAUAGCGAGAAGCAGCAAAAGUAUGACACCAUUUCUUUUGAAGAAGUUAACAAUGCAGUGGUUGAACUCAAGGAUCUGACUGACCUUCUCAAUGCACCCGUGGUGUUUGCUCACAAUGACUUGCUGUCUGGAAACUUGAUGCUCAAUGAAGAUGAAGAGAAACUUUACUUCAUUGAUUUUGAGUACGGGUCAUACAGCUAUAGAGGCUAUGACAUUGGAAAUCACUUCAAUGAAUAUGCAGGCUUUGAUUGUGACUACAGCUUUUAUCCUGAUAAGGAUGCUCAAUAUCAUUUCUUUAGGCAUUAUUUGCAGCCUGAGAAGCCUCAGGAGGUGUCUGAUGAAGAUCUUGAAGCACUGUAUGUUGAGGCAAAUUCCUACAUGUUAGCAUCACACUUAUAUUGGGCUCUAUGGGCACUAAUCCAGGCAAAGAUGUCUCCAAUCGAUUUUGAUUAUUUAGGUUAUUUCUUCCUGCGCUACGGCGAAUGCAAAAGGCGGAAGGAGGCAUGUUUCUCAUUGGCACGAUCAUACCUUACACGAUCUGGGUCUGGGUGAAUUCUCCAUGUCUCUGCUGCCACUGCCGACAAGAGAAUGUAACCUCUUCCUGUUGUGAAGUUGUAGAAGACCCUUUAGAAUCUUAAGAUAGAUUGCUUUUAAUAUACUUUUGUAGCUAAUUGUCAGAAGAAAAUUAAACACAGAUUUGACGUAUUUCAUGUGUUUUACGUCUCCUCAUUCUUUUUUCUGUAAUCCUGAAACAUGAAAGUUGAAAUAUGAUCCAGUUUUCAAAAUUUA